AUGAGCAAGGAAUAUUUUUUGGCACUAUAUGGCGAAGAAGGGAUUAAUGUUUUAAAAACUCCACCCCCUUAUACGACAUUGAGAGUGAACACACUAAAAAUCGAUAUGAAUGAAGCUAUUAGGAUACUUGAGCUUUUGUUUCCAAGAUAUGAUAUAAAAGUUCAUGAGAAAAUUAAUGAUUUAUUGUGUAUACCAGUUAAUGGGCCUUUUAAUAUUCAGCCUGUUGAAAAGGCAAUUUUUGUGGACAAUCGCUGCGGAGAGGCUAUUUUGAGGGGUUCUCACAUAUAUGCACCAGGGGUGUUAGGAACAACUUCUGAUUGUAAUUAUAAAAUAGUCCAAAAAAAUGAAAUAGUAAGUAUCUACUCUAUUUCUGUUCCUAUAAAUCGAGGAACUAAGACAACAAUAGAAAAUGUUGCUGAGCCUUUUUAUUUGGGAAAUGGAGUUUGCCAAAUGUCGCGUAGAGAAAUCUUUUCCACUAAUAAAGGCUUAGCAAUUAUUAUCACUGAGGGUAUUUAUCAGACACCUUCCUUUGAGAAUCUCCCAAAAAAUUUAUUUUUCCCACAAAAUGAGCCUAGUGCUUUAGUUGCUCAUAUCUUAGACGUAAUAAAAAAUUAGCCAAAACCAGGAGAAUCCAUACUCGAUAUGUGUGCUUCACCUGGAGGAAAAACAACUCAUAUCUCAACUUUAAUGCAGAACCAAGGAGAAUUAAUUGCUCUUGAUAAAAGUAAAAAAAGGGUAGAAGAACUAAAAAGUAGCAAUUAUAUAGGCAAUGUGGAUAUCUGGGAAAGUUUUGCAGAUGUUAGAAAAAUUGAUGCGACCAAAGCAAAACAACGCUUUGGGGGAAAAAAAUUCGAUAAAAUAUUGCUAGAUGCUCCAUGCUCAGGAUUAGGGCAAAGGCCAAAAUUAAGCUUCCAAGAAAUUAAUGUGGAUUCAACAGCUUUAUAUCAAAAAAAAUUUUUGGAAAUUGCUUGUGAGAUGCUGAAACCGGGAGGAAUUUUAGUAUAUUCAACAUGCACUGUUACGCAAGAAGGUAAAAAAUAAUCAGAAAAUCAGCAAAACAUAGGGUGGGCUAUUGAAAAUUUAGAAUUAGAGCUUAUUAACCAGGAAAUAAUGAUUGGGGAUGCCAGCGAACCUUUAGGGCUGACGCAGGUAUUUUCCCCAAUUUCACACAGCAUGGGAUUUUUUAUUGCAAAAUUGAGAAGAAAAUAA